GACUAACCAAAACACAUUCCUUGAAAAAAGAAAAAGAAAGUCAAUGGACAUUUGAGAGAAUCUGUAUCUGUGAGAAUAAAUAAGAUCAACGAACUAACCCCGUUUUUUCCGGGCAAUAACGAUUCAUUCACUAGAAAAUCUCUACUCUUCUGAAAGCAUUCUCAACCCAUUCAUUAUUAUCAGUCUAUUCACUAUUAAUUAAAAUGGUUAUCAUCACUAAUCUUGUUUCUUCAAUCUUUCUCUUCUCUGUUGUGCCUAGGGUUUCAAUGCACCUGCUUUCAAGAUAUUUUUGUGAUUUCAAGUUUAAGGACUAAUGGCUAAGAAAAAGGUUCGUAUUAACAUUGUGGUUAUUGGUCAUGUGGACUCCGGGAAGUCAACCACUACUGGUCAUUUGAUCCACAAACUUGGAUGUAUUCACAAGAGUGUCAUUGAGAGUCUUGAGAAAGAAGCUGCUAAGAUGAACAAGCGUUCAUUCAAGUAUGCUUGGGUGCUUGACAAGCUCAAGGCUGAACGUGAAAGAGGUGUUACAAUUGACAUUACCCUGUCGAAGUUUGAGACAAACAAGUACAACUGCACUGUCAUUGAUGCCCCCGGACACAGGGAUUUCAUUAAGAACAUGAUCACCGGAACGUCCCAAGCUGACUGUGCUGUUCUCGUCAUUGAUUCCACUACUGGUGGUUUUGAAGCCGGUAUGAAUGGUCAGACCCGUGAACAUGCUCUUCUUGCCUUCACUCUUGGUGUGAAUCAAAUGAUCUGCUGCUGCAACAAGAUGGAUGCCACUACACCUAAAUACUCUAGGGAUAGGUAUGUAGAAAUUGUGAGGCAAGUUUUACCCUGUUUGAAUAAGGUUGGCUAUAAACUUAUUCCAAUUGUUCCCAUCUCUGGUUUUGAGGGAGAUAACUUGAUUGAGCGCUCUACUAAUCUUGAUUGGUACAAGGGUCCAACCCUUCUUGAAGCUAUUGACCAAAUCAACGAGCCUAUGAGGCCAUCAGACAAGCCUCUCAGAAUACCACUUCAGGAUGUCUACAAGAUUGGAGGAAUCGGAACUGUGCCUGUGGGACGUGUUGAGACUGGUUCCUUGAACCCUGGAAUGGUGCUGACUUUUGCCGCAACUGGGCUGCAAGCUGAAGUGAAGUCUGUGGAGAUGCACCAUGAAGCUAUCGGUGAGGCCCUUCCUGGUGACAUUGUGGGAUUUAAUGUUAACGUUGCUGCUAGGGAUCUCAAGCAAGGUUAUGUUGCCUCAAACUCCGAGGGUGACCCAGCGGUAGAGGCCGCUCACUUUACAUCUCUUGUUAUCAUUACGAAUCACCCUGGCCAGAUUCGAAAUGGCUACACACCUGUUCUUGACUGCCACACCUCCCACAUUGCUGUCAAGUUUGCUGAGCUUAUUUCCAAGGUUGACAGGUGUUCUGGUGAGGAAAUUGAGAGGGAGCCCAAAUUUUUGAUGAGUGGUGAUACUGGUAUUAUUAAGAUGAUUCCCACCAAGCCUAUGGUGGUAGAGCCUUUCUCUCUAUAUCCUCCACUCGGCCGUUUUGUUGUCAGAGACUGGCAUCAAACUGUGGCUGUUGGAGUCAUCAAGGCUGUGAAGAAGAAGGAUCCUGCUGCAGGAGCUAUUUACCCUGGCUGUUACAAGGAACAGGACAUUGAAACAGGGGGAGGUACCUGUUCAACUCUUGCUGGCAGAGAUAAGCUUGAGUCAUUAUGCAUGGAGUUACAGCGUCAAAAUAAAAUGCUGAUGGAAGAAUGUAAACGUGUAUCUACUGAGGUGCAACAAUUUAAGCUGGACUUGUUUGCCAAGUUCCAAGAUGCAAUCAAGGAAGAUUACAAACUUGUGUCUACUGAGGCGCAACAAUUUAAGCUGGACUUGUCAGCCAAGUUCCAAGAUGCAAUCGAGGAAGAAUACAAAUGUGUAUCUACUGAGGCGCAACAAUUUAAGCUGGACUUGUCAGCCAAGUUCCAAGAUGCAAUCAAGAAACUUCAUCCUGACAAUGCCUUUGAGGAAUGCAUAAGACAAGAGCUUAUCCCUGCAAAUGAGAUAGAAGUGACUUUUUCAGAUAUUGGUGCUUUGGAUGAUAUUAAAGAAUCACUUCAAGAAGCGGUUAUGCUUCCCCUUAGAAGACCAUAUCUAUUCAAAGGCGAUGGGCUUCUGAAGCCAUGUAAAGGUGUAUUGCUUUUUGGACCUCCUGGUACAGGAAAGACAAUGCUCGCAAAGGCAAUUGCUAAUGAAUCUGGAGCAAGUUUCAUCAAUGUCUCUCCGUCCACCAUCAAUUCAAAGUGGUCCGGACAAGCUGAAAAGAACGUCCGAGCUCUGUUUUCACUAGCAGCAGAGGUUGCCCCAACUAUUAUUUUCAUCGAUGAAGUGGAUAGCAUGCUUGGGCGGCGGUCUAGCUCUUAUGAAAACAACUCAAUAAGAAGGGUGAAAAACGAGUUCAUGUCACGUUGGGAUGGACUAUUGUCAAAACCUGAUGAGAAAAUUAUUGUUCUUGCUGCCACCAACAUGCCAUUUGACCUUGAUGAAGCAGUUAUAAGACGGUUUCAGCGAAGGAUCAUGGUUGGUCUUCCUUCUGCUGAAAACAGGGAAACUAUCUUGAAAACUCUUCUAGCUAAGGAUAAACAUGAAGAUAUAGACUUCAAAGAGCUUUCAACUAUGACAGAAGGAUAUAGUGGAAGUGAUCUUAAGAACUUGUGCACGACUGCAGCAUAUUGCGCCCUUAAGGAGCUGACACAUUAUGAGAAAGAAAGAAAAAGGAAAAGGAAGAGAAAGUUGGAAGAAGUUGAAAUCUUAGAAGAUGCUUCCAAUGCUGCCAAAGAUGAUAUAGAAGAUCAAGUGAUUUCCCUCCGGCCUUUGAACAUGGAAGACAUGAGACAGGCAAAGAAUAAGGUGGCUGCAAGUUUUGCUGCAGAAGGAUCAAUGAUGAACAGGUUGAGAGAGUGGAAUGAUUUGUAUGGAGAAGGAGGUUCAAGGAAGAAAGAGGAGCAGCUCAGUUAUUUUCUUUAGAUUGUGGAAAGCCGUUUUUUUUUCUUUUUAUACAAAGUAUAUUUUAACCAAAGCAUUAAUCAUUUAGUUGAGAUAUUGAAGAAAUCCAAUGUGAAUAGGUUUAUUAAUCCCAAGGCAACGUGCAUCAUGUUUGGGAGAGUCUUGAGUUUAUGUUGAAAUAUUCUAUAAUUAUUAGCUAUUAUAUUUGAAGAGCAUAAAAGAGUAUUGAUGGUGACGGUUAUGCAACCAAGGAUUCAGAUUUUUGAAUUAGUUUUUUCGACAAAAAGGAAGUCAUUUAUAUGA